AUGGGUGCCCAAGAGAUGGCCGUUAAGCGAGCGGCUCUCUGGAACGGCAUUACUGAGCUCAAUAGCCGGUUCAAUCAAUGGCUAAAAGACUUUGUGGAAUGCUACCCAGAUGGACCCCCUGAAGAGCGCCCACAGACCGAAGAUCAAGGGUUCCCCAUCUUCAGGCAACGUGAUUUCCGCACCGGAGGAGUGUAUGCCCCAACGAAGUUAUACUACCCCAAUCUUCUUCUAGCACAAACGAUGUGCGUCUACUAUACGUACCGACUCAUCCUUUCUUCCAUCGAUGACCGUCCUGAGGGAGAGCGACUCACCAUUCCGGAGCGUUACGAAUUUGGUUGCGGAAUUUGUCGAUCGUAUGAAUUUUACAUUCUUACCGCGCCAGGAAACAUGAUCAAUCGACUCGCGUUCACCACCAGGGUAGCUUGGGAGGCAUUCCCUGAUAAUGGACCCGAGCGAGAAUUUAUGGUGGAGGUACUCAAACUAGUAGAAAAGCGACACUCGUUGGGGCUCUGGGGCAGUAACAUGUCAGAGCUCUCAACCAGUAAAGAUUCAAAGUUCGCUUCUGGUGACAUGAAAGCACCAUAA